CUUGUUUAAAACGAAAAUUCGUUACAAUUUGAGUUUUUAUAACUGACAUUGAAACGAAUUUUUGCUUGUGAAACGUUUAAUGUGUUUUCAACAAUAAUGAAUAGUGGCAAUAAAUAUACACCUGCAACAAAAAAGCUAAAAAGGGAGAAGACGACACUCUCCAGUAAUUCCGACUCCGAUAAAGAUCCAGUACAAGUUUACUGUCGAUUACGACCUUUAAAAGAUGGUGCCGAACCGUCGCCGUUUAUAAAAUUGAUUUCGUCAGAAACACUCGCGCUAAUCACUCCCUCAGAAAUAAGAGGAACUAAAAAAGAAAUGCAUUACAAGUUUAGACACAUCUUCACUGCUUUUUCGACGCAACAAGAAAUAUUCAGUCAUGUAGCUUAUCCAUUGUUAGAAGAUUUGCUUAAUGCUAAAAACGGCUUACUGUUUACUUACGGGGUUACCGGUUCCGGCAAAACACACACAAUUACUGGAGAUUAUGAGAACCCGGGAAUAUUGCCUAGGUGCAUCGAUACAAUCUUCAACACUAUUGCAGAAUAUCAAGCUCCAAAAUAUAUAAUAAAAUCUGAUAAAAUGAAUGGAUUUGAAGUGCAGUCUGAAAACGAUGCAGUUCAAGAUCGAUUUCAAGCUGUUCGACAUGUACCUAGAACACCAAAAGUUAGGAAACUCAGCGACAAAAUAUCCUACAAAAACGAUGGCACUAAAAUCCACAACAUUGAUGAGAACAACCUUUAUUCGGUUUUUGUCAGCUAUAUUGAAAUAUAUAAUAACAGUGUAUUCGAUCUCCUGGAUGAAUCAUCUGGGAAAAGCUUGCAAAACAAAAUACUGCGUGAAGAUUGCCAAAAAAACAUGUAUGUUAAUGGGGUUGUGGAGGUGGAAGUAAAAACGUCUCAGGAAGCUUUCGAAGUUUUUCAGGCUGGUCAAAACCGUAAAAAAAUGGCAGUGACAUCUUUAAAUGCAGAUUCCAGCAGAAGUCACUCAAUUUUUAAUAUAAGAAUUGUUCAGCUUGAACAAGUAUCCCUGAAUUGCGAUGGAAAGCCUGCAGUUCCAACAGAUAAUGUAAUAAAAGUUGGACAACUUAGCCUUGUUGAUUUGGCCGGUUCUGAAAGAACUAACAGGACAAACAAUACUGGUAUUAGACUUAAAGAAGCUAGUAGUAUCAAUAAUUCACUUAUGUCCCUAAGAGCUUGCCUUGAAAUUCUUAGAGAAAAUCAAAGGACAAAAAGUUAUCGCUUAGUUCCAUACAGAGAUAGUAGAUUGACAUUCUUGUUUAAACAUUAUUUUGAAGGAGAUGGAUCUGUUAAAAUGAUUGUAUGCAUAAAUCCAUCAGUCGGUGAUUUUGAAGAGAAUGUGCAAGUUUUGAAGUUUGCAGAAAUGACUCAGGAUGUUAAGAUAAAAAAGCCAGAAAUAAAAUAUACACCUUUAAGAAAGCAAUUGAAAGUCAAUAAGGAAAAUAUACAUUCAGUAAAAACAAAGAUAGGUUUUUCUGACAGGUCAUUACCUGAUAUUCCGAUUGUUAAAUUUAAUUUUGAUGAUUUGGGUGAGUGUGAGCAAAGGAUUGAAAAUCUGGUUAAUAUUUUAAAGUUGCGUAAGCAAAAGGUUAAGGAUUUAAACAAAGAUAUAGAGGAACGACAAGCAGCAGUUAGGAAAAGAGUACUGGAAAUGAACCAAGAAAAUGUUCUCAGCAAAGCAGAAAUUGGGAGUUUGAAAGCUAUUGUACAAAAAGAGAAGCAAAGAUGUCGUAAUUUACAAAUUAAAAUGACUGAUUUAGAAACGGCAAAUCAAGAGGUUCAGUCUAAAAAUGAUAAUCUCCAGGAAAUAAUUCGGUCAUUGCAAAACACCAUUACUGAGAAAGACUUGAAAAUAAAUCAAAACAUUUUAGAAAAGGAGAAAACCAAACAAAAACUUGCUUUGGCUAGUGAAAAGAUGAACCAAGAGUUAGAUUCCAAGCUAAGAAGGCAAAGGGAACAUCUUAAUGCUGCCAUGAAGGCGAAAGAUGAAAAGUUGAGAAUUGUAAAGGAAAUAAUUGAGAGUGAGAUGCCACCUGUAGAGGUAAAUAGUACAAAAGCAGAACCGGAAAAUGUUAAAACACAAUCCCUUCAAACUCCAUUAUCAAAAUCAUCAAUAACAACUCCACAACGUAGGAAUAUGCUGGCUACAUCUACACCGAGACCUAGAAGGUCAAGAUCAGCUGGUGAAGUCUGGUUGGAACAUAAUGCAAUUAAACCUUGUCCUUUAGGUACUGUUUUUCAACCGACUAUGAAGAAAAGAAAAUCAGUUUCAAAAUUAAGUAAAGCAACUGAUGUAACAAAUCCAAAACAAAGCAAAUAUUGUCUGAUUGCCCAAGAACCUGAUACUGAAGGUGAAAUGGAAACGAAGAUGUAUAAAGGGGACAUUGUUCAAACUUGCGGUGGUGGGGCGCAGGUGAUUUUUAAUGAUGUUGAGAGACUAAGGCAAGAAUCACCUACCAGAAUUGUGAUGGAAGUUAAAGUGGAUACUGUAGAAAUUGAUUUAAAUAAAAUUUGUAGAAUUUGUUUGAACGAAAGUACUGAUAUGAGAUCCGUGUUCAUACCAGACGAAUCAACAGGGCAGGCUAUAGUCCUCGCAGAUAUGCUUAUGGGAUUUGCAAAUGUCCAGGUUGAAAAUGAAGAUGGACUUCCUGGCUUGUUAUGCAUCCAAUGUAUUCAUCAAAUGAGCAGGGCCUAUUCUUUCAAGCAGUUAUGUGAACAAUCAGAUUCAAACCUUAGACAGUAUCUCGGUAAACCCGCAAAAUCAAAAAACACAUGCAAGGCAGAAGACAGCACAACAAAUGAAGAUUUUCCAUCAAAUUUGCUCUUAGACAAUUUUGGAUUAGAAUAUUCCUCAGACGACAGCGAGGAUGAUUUCAAAGAGGAUUUGAUUUUGUUGACAGCUAAUCUUCCAGAAAAUUCCACAGAUGAGAAAGUGAUAGCUCAAAAACAACUUUUGAAGGCAACAAAAUUGCUUAAAAGUAAAUCGAGAAAGAAAUUACUAACAAAAAAUGGAAAGUUAAGUGCAUUGUCAUUAAAAAAUAUUAAGCGCAACACAAAUCAGUGCAAUGUGUGCAAGAAGCAGUUUGUCAAUUUAAAAUCAUUUCGUAAACAUUUACGUAGUCACAUUGAUGAUCGACCAUACAAAUGUAAAUUGUGUCCGAAAAGUUUUACUGAAGACAAUUACCUAAAUAAUCAUAUGAGAACGCAUAUCCCUGAUGAGCAAAAACCGCACGAAUGCAACAUUUGUCAAAAACGCUUUAUCCAUUCUACAUUAUUAACCAAACAUAUGUUGAAACAUUCUGGUGAGAAGCCGUUUGUGUGCAAAAUUUGUAAUAAAGGUUGCUAUGCUGAGAAUAGCUUGUGGAAACAUAUGAAAAUACAUGAGAAAAAGGAGGGAGACCCGGCUUUACUAAAACAUAUCUGUGAUUAUUGUCGAACAGAAUUUCCUGAUGCCCAAACACUAUCAGUACAUAUCAAACAACAUACAGGAGAUAGACCUUUUUUGUGUAAUAUUUGUGGAAAGUGUUUCCCUCAAAGGUUUAAUCUCGAUUUGCAUAUUAGAACCCAUACAGGUGAAAGACCGUUUGAAUGUGAAGUUUGUAAAAAUGGCUAUGUGUCAAAGGCUAGUUUAAAGAUCCACAUGCGCACUCAUACCAAUGAACGCCCGUUUGCGUGUGACUUUUGUGGCAAAGCUUUCCGACAAUCUGGAGACCUCACAAGUCACAAACGAUUGCAUGGUACAGAAAAACCCAUUGAGUGUGAAAUUUGUCAUAAACGCUUUACCACUGUUAUGAAAUUAAAAUAUCACAUGCGAAAUCAUACAGGGGAACGGCCCUAUGUAUGUGGUGUAUGUAACAGAGGAUUUACUGUAAAUACAAUUCUUUUACGCCAUAUGCGCGUGCAUUCAGGUGAAAGACCGUACGUGUGUGUGACUUGCGGCAAAGCAUUCUCCCAGUCCAGUACACUUAAUACCCACAUGAAAGUACACACAUCAUCUCCGAAAUACACGAAUCAGGAUGAAUCAAGACUGGCCAAGUUUGAAAAUACAAAUGCAAAUGAACAGAAUUUCAAUUCACAGCAGCAUCCAUCUCAGCAACCGCAACCUGCUGCUCCUCAACCUCAACCCCAACAGCAAAUGGUUGAUCAUACGAACCGUUUGAUUCAAACUGAUACGAGAAUGCUGACGACAGAACCAAUUAGAAUGCUACAACCUGACAAUACUAGUCACGAGGUUAAGCUUUUCACAGAUACUACACACUUAUUGACUGACAAUAGAGGCAUAUUGACAGAUAACUCUAGAAUAUUGGUGAAUGACCCUCGUUUGGUGGUUAAUAUAACUGAACCAGCACGACUGCUGGUAAAUGACAAUUCAAGGAAUUUGAUCAAUGAUAACAGGCUGGUGACAAAUGACAACCGUCUUUUGAAUAAUGUUAAUGAGAAUAGGCAUUUAGUAAUUGAAGGAACAAGACUUUUGGCUGAUAAAUAUCUGGCUUAUGAUCCCUAUCACCGCGGACAUCUUUAAUAUAUUCUCCGUUUGAUUAUUUAUUGUAAUGUUUAUAAAAUGUACAAAAAUUUCCUAUUUUGUAUUGGCUAUUCUAUUUUUUAAUAUAAUUUUGGUUAAAUAAUUUCGUACAAUUAUC